AUGACGUCGUCGAGUGAGGGCGAGAUCCUGCAGGUCUCGCAGAAGCAGAAAAUAGGUGGCGGUGGAUUUGGGGAAAUCUACGAAGCCAUCGAUACUCAAAAUCACAACGAACGGGUAGCUGUAAAGGUUGAAUCUAGCAAAGCUGCGAAACAAGUAUUGAAAAUGGAAGUGGCAGUGCUGCGACGACUUCAGGGCAAAAAACAUGCGUGUAAAUUCUACGGGUGCGGACGGAACGACAAAUUUAAUUAUUUGGUAAUGAGCCUUCAAGGGAAAAAUCUUGCCGAUCUCAGACGAGAGUCGAACUUCGCGAUGGGACGAAGCACGGCAACAAUGCGAAAGGUGUUCAUGCUGGAUUUUGGUCUGGCCAGGCAGUACUUGAACGCCAAGGGCGAGAUCAGAAGUCCACGAAGCGCGGCUGGUUUCCGUGGUACCGUACGCUACGCUGCCGUGUCAGCUCACACAAGAACA